AUUGGAGGAUGUGGAUGCUGCGCAGCGUCCUGUGCGUGUCUGUGGUCUGCGGUCUGGCUCUGGACUCAAACACCAUCAGAUCCUCCAAAGAGUCGACGCUGCAGAGCUCCGAGCUGCCGGAUCGUUCCCAUGACGACAGGAUGGAGACAAAUUCCAACUCCCACCGACGACAAAGCCCGCCAUGUACUUCGACUCAAUGCAACGCACCUCCGCAGAGGGGGCGCUGCAGUAACAGAGCUGACAGAAGGCCGUCCCCCAGUGACGGACAGGCGGACGGACAGGCGGGCAGAGUGACGGGAGGACAGAGGGACGCUGACGGCAACAGGACCAAAACUCUGGAGAUGUCGAGCUGCGUGCGGUCCGGCGACUGCGCGGACGGCCUGUGCUGCGUCCGGUACCUGACCGGCAAACGGUGCCAGCGGAUCCCGGUGGAGGGCGAGGCCUGUCUGCUGCGAGGUCCAACCAAGCGGAGGAGGAACCUGGGACGCUGCGACUGCGAUGCGGGGCUUUUCUGCACCGCCGUGGACCGGGUAGAGACGGGCAAAAACAAGGGCCAGGGGGUGUGCGCGCCCCGGCCGAAGCAGGGCCAGCGGAAAACAAGGCAUUCUGGGAAGAAGCGGAGGACGGCAGAGGGGAGCUGCUGACGGACUCAUGAACUCUUUAUUUAAGUCUGUAGAAGGUUUUAGAUGUUUCUCAUAUCACAGGUUCAUCCAAUCAGCAGCUGCCACACUUUCUCCAUCACGGUCACUUCAACCAAUAAAAGUCAAUGAAAGUUGGUCUGAGCUCUUCUCAGGUGUGUGGGCGGGCACAGGUGGGGUUUGACUG